AUGUCGACUCACAAAGGUUCUUGCCUCUGCCAGGCUGUUCAGUACGAGGUCAUCGUGCCCGAGGGUGGCCAGAACACGUACACGGUCUGUCAUUGCAAGGACUGCCAAAAGUAUACUGGAUCCACGUACGCAAGCAACUUCGUUUUACCCGCUACCCACCUGAAACUCACGAAGGGAGCUGAAGGCGCGGAGAUCAUGGUCUACGCGACGACCAACACGACCUCGGGCAACGCGCUGAUGAGAUAUUUCUGCGGCACGUGCGGGUCGGCACUUUACAAUAAGACGGCGGCGAACGAUCAAGUUGUGGUCGUGACGUCGGGCACGCUCGAUGAUCCAAUCGACGCGGCGAUGCAACCUGCGCGAGAGAUCUUCUGCAUAGACCGCCGCGCGUGGCUUAAGCCGCUGGACGGUCUUGCGCAGCAUCCGAAGAGGCUGGAGAGGUUGCAGUAA